AUGGCGGUGCUAAACCUGAGUGUGUGUAGUGAUCUUGGCGGCUCUGAAAAUACAGACUACCGGUCCCUACCUCUGGAGAUGCUGAGUUUCUGCACCCCAGAAUUCUGCAUUUUAAGAAACACUUUAACUAAUUCUGAUGAAGAUGACCUGAGUGUCCCACUGAGAAACACUGCUGUGCAAUACACCAAUAUUGAGGAUUCUCAGGGAGUGAUGUCUUUUCAGGAUGAGUCUCCCGGGAACAGAUUCAGACUGAACAGCUUUGUGUCAGAUUUUGGAAGACUGCUGGUGCCCAAGGUGUUAUGGCAGGGAAAUGACGAAUCUAGUUCCCUCUUUCACUGCUACGUCAAUGAAGUGGACCACUUGAACAAGGCCAAAGCUGGUAUCCCAUCCAUAGCCCUUGACAGUGGUAUUCGGCUCCAGGAAGCCAUCAGAUGCAGCAGGUGGCCAGAGGAGGAGCCGAACAGGCUCAUGAAAUGUGACAUCGCCAACUUCAUCAACACAGACCAGAACUCUUCCUUUGGGGAAGAUGACCUCCUGAUUUUGGAACCACCGAUAGUUCUAGAAAAUAAGCCAGUUGCCCAGACCUCACACAAAGACUUGAAUUGAGAAACGUGCUUUGCCAAGUGUCUUUCUGAAGAUGUGAAGUCUGUCUUUGUAUGGCAGGAAGUCAGCUUUCACAAAAUUGUAUGUGUUUGUGUCUGAGAUAGAGAAAUGGAGACAGACAGAAAGACGGAGACAGAAGAGAGCCCCCUCAGAAGAGAGCUAGUUAAGCAUUCCAGACUGAUGAAGACAGUGGAGAAUGCCUCUGAGUUUGGCACUGAUUGCCUGGAGAAUGCUGAAACCCAGGGAAGUGGGCAGCACAGACAUUUACUCAUUUAAUUCUGUCAACACAGUAGGAGAGU